CGAAAGUUCAAAGCCAACUGGUGGGGGCUGUCAUGCCUCGGCUCCCUUUCAUGAUCAUAACACAUUUUUCAAUGAAAAAGACUUUUUUCAUCAUUUUUAUAUUCCCAGUAAACUCUCUAAAGUCGCCAUUUCUUUUCUAUCAUUCAUAUUAGUGAAAAGCUAAAGCAUAUUAUGUGGGAAGCAAAAGAAAUAAGAGUGUUGGAAAAAUCCUUACGGAAUAAAUAACAUUUAUACAAGGAUGAAAUUGAAAUUGAGCUUUUGGUCUCGGUUUCAAUAUUAUUAAUCUUUAUUUAUAUUUAUAUAUAUGUAUAGUGUUCUUUUUUUGUUUUACACUGAAGCAGUAAAAUUGGUGAAAAAUGUCCCUAGUAAAAUGUGAGAAGGAUGAAUUUCCGAUAGCCGCCGUGAAAAAAGGCGGGCACCGCCGCGGAGCCACCCUCGCCUCGGUGGAGUCAUUGGCUGUGCCUCUGGUGCAGGAAGUGGUGUUUUUAGCCGAUUUUCGGUGUUCGAGGUGCCAAGAGAGGGUAGCUCAGAUUCUUGCCAAAAUGGACGGGGAGACACAAUCAGUGAUGAUAAGUGUUGUGGAGAAGAAAGUAACUCUCACUUGUACAUACCCGAUGGCAGAUAAACUUUCUGGACGACAAUUUGCUUGGAACAAGAUUUUGCCAAUCGUUAGACUUUUUCGUUCUUCUUGCACUUAACAGCUAAUUAUAUAAGAAUCGAUUUUUUACUGUAAAGAAAAAAUAAAUUACCUUGCUAGUAUGUAGAUGCCAAAUUUAAUCAUACAGUCGUGUUAGUUCCCACUGUUUGGAGGAGUAAUAUUCAUUUUGGUUGAUUUUGUUAAUACUUGUAAGAACUGGUGUUUGUUUACAGAAAAAAGGUCUCAUGUGUGCGAAUUUAAUUAUUUUGUCGGGUGAAAUUUUUAAGGAUGUUACUUGAAUCACUCAUUUCAAUCUGUUUUGCUUUAGAAAUGAUUACACUAUGUCAUGAAAUAUUAU